AUGGAAGUCGCGGCAGCUACGGUCGGCUUUAUUUCCCUCGGCAUCCAAGUUGUGAAGCCUCUCCUGGACUUUUAUUCCGCAUACAAGUCUCGAGAAAACGAAGUCAACGCCACGACUAAAAAGCUAGAGGAUCUUCUGGGCGUGCUCGAGGCUCUGAACACUCAUCUAGCGAACCGCAAGUUCCGUCCUGACGAACGACACUUGCUUCAGAGAAUAGAAAGAUCGAUCCAAUACUGCGGAUGCUGUAUUAGAGAGUUGGAAGGCGAGAGCGAGAAGUUCAAAGGAGAGUCCAAGGUCGGCAUACGGGCCGGCGCCCGGACAGCUGCACACCGAGUCGCGUACCCUUUCCGACAGAGCACGCUACAAAAGCUUGAAGAAGAUAUCGAUGAGAUCUUCUCACAGCUAUCUAUCGUAUUGCAGCUGUUAGAAUUGGACGGUAUCAGUCACGUUCAAGAUGACGUCGAGGAUACCAAAGCAUUGCUAGAACUAGUCCGGGCUGACCAGGUCUCGUCGAACAUUCGAGAGUGGCUGAAGGCGCCUGAUGUGACCAGCGAUUACAACAAAGCCCGCGUCAAAGGGUGUCCUAGCACUGGACUCUGGUUCGUGAAAGGACUCUCCUUCUCUGCUUGGCUCACCAACCGCCACUCCUUCCUGUGGCUCAAUGGUUUCGCCGGGUGCGGCAAAUCUGUGUUAUGUUCUACAGCUAUACUGUACGCUUAUCGGCAUCAGAGGUCAAACCCACGCAUCGGAAUCGCAUUCUUCUUUUUCACCUUCGACGACAGCUCAAAGAAGGAUGCCUCCGCUAUGCUCCGCGCACUUGUUUUGCAGCUGUCAUGCCAGCUCAAGGAUAACUACGGCCACCUCUCGCGCUUGCAUGGGAGUUAUCGCAACGCGACGCCGCCUGACCAAGCUCUUUUCGACUGCUUGCGUCAGCUCGUGCGGGCGUUUGACGACGUAUACAUCCUCAUAGAUGCGUUAGACGAAAGUCCCCGAAAUACUCACAGGGAGGGCGUGCUCCAGGCUCUAACUAAUCUUCGGGCAUGGAUGGAGCCUGGACUCCAUAUUCUCGUCACAAGUCGCGACGAGACUGACAUUCGCGAUGAACUCGAUACCGAAGAGCACGAGAAUAUCCCCCUAGAGAACGAAUCUGUGGACCGUGACAUUGCAGCGUUUAUCUCAAAACAUCUUAGGGAUAACCGACAGCUUCGAACAUGGGAAAACCACUUUGACUACAUAGAGACCGCGCUCACGAAGCGUGCCAAAGGCGUGUACGGCUUCCAAGCCCUCACUUUUUUUUGA